UUGGUCAAUAAAAUGUCCGUCACAGUUUCUCACAGUCCACUGUGACGUCGGGUGAGGUUUGAAAAACGACUACAACUGAAAUCAUUCAAAAUGGCUGCAGACAGCGGUCAGACUCUCCUUUCAGGCUCUUAAAGAAGGAAACGCGCUGCAGGUGGAGCCGCCAGGUGGAGCCGCCAGGUGGCGCUGUGAGCGCGGCCUCUCUGCAGGAAGUCAGUGUUCUUCGCUCGGCAUUGUGGGACAACAUGGCGGCCAUGUGUAAGGUUGUUCCCAGCUUCAGGUGUGGAGUCUGGUUAACCUCCUCCAGGUUCAUUAGAAACUCUUUCAGCUCAGACUCCAGCGGGGCCUCCGGCAGCGGCCACCCCGCCGCGGACAGACCCAGAUCCGGCUUCGCUGCCGCCUUCGACUUGCAGUCGGAGCUCCGGCGGGUGACGGAGAGCGCCGCGGCCGGCAGCAGCGGCUCCUCCUCCGGCCAGGGGGAGAGCUUCGCCUCGCUGCUCCGCCGGUCCCCGCUGAUCCAGAUGGGACCGGCCAAAGACAAGGUGGUGGUCGGGAGGAUCUUCCAUGUGGUCCAGGACGACCUGUACAUCGACUUCGGCGGGAAGUUUCACUGCGUGUGCCGGCGGCCGGCGGACGGAGAGAAGCUGCAGCGGGGCAGCAGGGUCCGGCUGCGGCUGCAGGAUCUGGAGCUCACCGCCCGCUUCCUGGGAGCCAACACCGACACCACGCUGUUGGAGGCCCAGGCCGUUCUGCUGGGCCCGCUGGAGGGAAGGGAAGGACGGGAGCCCCAGAACCAGGACUGAGCGGGACAGAUUGUCAGACCCUGCUGCAGUAAAAUCAGAGGUUUUCUAAAGGGAGUCUGGCAGCUGCAGGAGUGAACCUCAACAUUUGUGUUUGUGUUCUUCACGUAGAAAGGAAAACUGACUGAUGUGCGCGAUUCUGUCUUUAAACUUCACUUUGAACCAAAAACUCUUCAGAAAUGUUAAGUUUUACUUCUGGACUGCAGAUCUGAUCUGGCAGCAGCAGCUGACUGUGGCGUUAAAGUGAUAUUAAAAUCCUAAAUAUUCUGUAAACACUUCGCUCUCUGGUUCCUCCACAGGAAGAUUCAGCCGCACCUUGAAACACAAGACAGCUGAAACUACAGAAACACUUCAUCAGAGUGGCCAGGCAGAAAUAAUCAAAUGUAUGUUGAUAAAAAUAUAAAUACUCAUGAUAACUCC